CACUCGAGAUUCGUAUACAUUUGAUCANAUCAAGUCUAUACUGCAANCGUUUGAGAGUACUCUAUACUGUUAAGAGCGAAGCAGAAUCUANAAAGAUGCUGUCUGCUGCUACGAAGCCGGUCAUGCGAAAUGCUACCAGCAAAAUCCCGAUUAUCGUCUCUCGAGCUCGCUCGGAGCGAAUUGUUGGGUCGAGCNCGAUGACGACUGUCUCGCCAGCUGGUUCUGGUGCAGCGGUCAGAGGUAUACGCUCGCGGAUCCCGGUGCCAGCAUCUCGUAUCGGUCAAGGCGGUCGAGGUCGUCAAGAAGGUCUCCACUUGCUCGAAAGCUAGGCUCGCUGGCUCUCGGCAAGUCUGCCGCUCGGUCGGUGCUGCAGAAGACGGUGACUCAGCCUCGGCCGUUCAGCUUUGGUGUGUCGAAGGGGAAGAAACCGG